UCAGUGAUUUGGAAGUCCCUUUCUCUGUGCAGACGAAAUUUUCGACUAAUUAAAUCCCAGUUCUUGCUUGAAACGUAAUUUAAUAUCGAGCUUAGCGUCGUCCCAAGUAUUCGGAAGUAUAAUGGCUAGCCAAACUCAAGGUAUCCAGCAGCUGUUGGCCGCAGAGAAGCGAGCAGCUGAAAAAGUGGGCGAAGCACGAAAGAGGAAACAGCGCCGUCUAAAACAAGCAAAGGAGGAAGCCCAAGAGGAGAUCGAACGGUACAGGUCGGAACGGGAGAGACAGUUCAAAGAGUUCGAAGCGAAGCACAUGGGUAGCCGCGAGGGUGUCGCUGCCAAAAUCGAUGCCGACACUGUCUUGAAGAUUGAGGAAAUGAACCGUUCGAUCUCCACCAACAAGGCGGCUCUGAUCAAUGAAAUACUCAAGCUGGUGUACGACAUCAAGCCACAGUUGCACAAAAAUUUCCAAUAUCUGGCCAAGAAGUAAAAGGGUGUGGAACGCCCGAAUGCUAUAGCGAACCGUCGUAAUGAUAAUGUACACUGCAGUACUUUUAGGCAAGUAUAAAAAUAUAUCGUGUAGAAA